UAACCUUCAAAACCCGGCUUGGUCCCCGUUUCCCGUCCGCGUUGAAUUAAUUUGCCUAUUAGAUUAUCCUUUUCAGUUAAAUAAUUUAAAAUUCCAAAAAUGUCAGUGGAAGAAUCGCAAGAAAUCAACCUUGAGGCGGAUCAAGAAUUGCGAAUUGAGGUCGAGAACAAAAAUGAAACGGUCACAAUUGAGCUGAAAACUGGAAUGGCAGAAAUUUUUGGGACUGAAAUAGUUAAAGGUCGAAAGUAUGUGUUCUCUACUGGAGCAAAAAUAGCUGUUUUCACAUGGCAAGGAUGUACUAUCAUUUACACAGGAAGAAAAAACUCAUGCUAUACAGCAAAAGAAACUCCAAUGAUGUUUUAUCUGAACUGUCACGCGUGUUUGGAACAACUGCGACAAAAAGCUGAGCAAGACAACACUCGCGGCCCUGUAACAAUGAUAGUUGGUCCUGUGGAUGUUGGAAAAUCAACUCUGUGCAGGAUUCUCCUGAAUUACGCAGUGCGCAUGGGAGGCCAGGGACGAAGACCAAUUUUUGUAGAUUUGGAUGUAGGACAAGGAUCUAUCUCUGUUCCGGGCACCAUAGGUGCCUUGAUGGUUGAACGACCAGCUUCUCCAACUGAAGGUUUUUCCGUUCAAGCACCUCUUGUUUAUCAGUAUGGUCAUGUCUCGAUGCAGAAGAACCCAUCACUGUACAAUAUGCUAGUCUCUCGGUUAGCAGAAGUUGUUCAAGACAGGAUGCAGGCAAAUAAAAAAGCAAAUGUAUCUGGUGUUAUUAUCAAUACUUGUGGCUGGACCAAAGAUAGUGGCUAUAAAAUCUUAACUCACAUUGCUCAGGCUUUUGAAGUGGAUGUCAUUUUGGUUUUGGAUCAAGAACGGUUGUUCAAUGAACUUGUCAGGGACAUGCCAUCCUUUGUGAAAGUUGUUCUCUUACCCAAAAGCGGAGGAGUAGUUGAGCGACCAAAAAGUUAUAGAAUGGAGGCUCGAGAUGGAAGAGUGAGGCAGUACUUCUAUGGAACAACCUCUCUGCCUUUACACCCACAUUCCUUUGAUGUGAAAUUCAGUGAACUGAAAAUCUACAAAAUCGGCGCACCUGCUCUGCCAGACUCUUGCAUGCCAGUUGGAGUGAAGGCGGAGGAUUAUCUGACGAAAGUUGUGUCUGUUCAGCCCAGUCCUAGUCUAUUGAACCAUUUGUUGGCCAUCAGUUUUGCAACUUCCGCAGAAGAAGAUGUCAUUCAAACCAAUGUUGCUGGUUUUGUUUGCAUAACAAAUGUUGAUAUGGACCGGCAAACUAUGACUAUUUUAUCACCACAACCAAAACCUCUUCCUGAUGCUGUCUUCCUGGUCUCUGAAGUUCAGUUCAUGGACAGCCACUGAGGAUUGUUUCCAACCAUCAUCGUUGUAUGUGAUAAAAAUCAAUUAUCAAACGCUAAAGUUCCUCCGAAGACUAGAGUCUACAGCGUCAGCUGUUUCAAUUACCAUCUUGCUGAAGGGAUGCUCCCAUUAGUAACCUAUUUUCUGAAAUUGGAUAUAAAAUUUCGUCACAGGUGUUAUGGGACGAAUAUGUUUUGAUGAGCAUACAUGUUAUAUGACUAGAGAGGUGUCAUAGGAAUACUAAAGUGCAAAAUCAUCGCAAGUUCGGUCUGAAAUCAUCUUAGAAUAAAGUUUUCUUUGUCACAUUUUUAGCAGAAAAAGGAAUUCUCUAAUAUCAAUCAUCCAUUCUCCCUAACUUUUGAAAUGCAACUGUCACCUUCAAAAAAUGCAAAAAUUGAUAGUUUAAACACCAUGAUCAUUCCAUAGUCCCUUAUGAAUAUCAAUGGGUGUAGAAGCCUCUAUGACCAAAGAUUCUAUCAUCUAUCAUUUUUUUUUGGAAAUGUGACAGAAAAUUGGAUGCCAUAAUCUUAGGAUGAUUUUCAACUGAAGUAUUCUGCGAAAGCAUUUGUCAGUAUACCCUAGGUUAACUUUAAAAUCUUUGAGCUGCAAUCAAAUUGAAUAAAUAUACCUAUCAAGAAAUGUUGCAUAUUGAUGAUAAAACUCCCAAAUGACGUAUCUUGUUUGUGGUGUUCAAAAAUCUCCGCUUCUGUUUUAUUUUUUCAAAGGAAAACACAUCAACAUCAUUCCUUGAAGUUUUCUCAGAAUAUGCUAUGUAUAGAGAAAAAAAAUUACAGAAGUUUUUAACAAUUGAUUUUGAACAGUUCUCCGUUUAAGUAAGGCAGGAUGUCUGCAACGUCGCAAACGGAGGUACAAGAUGUUUGGGAAUUUCACCAACAACAUUUGAAUCUUUGCAGUGUUUAAAAGUAACACCGGCAAAAUGUUUUUUCAACCUGUCAGCAAAACAUCUGGAUAUUUGGCAAUGCGUUUUGGCAUUUCAAUACAUAAGGUAUGAGUUUGGCAUUCUAUAAUUAAAAAGUUAUCAAAGUCACUCAUUGAUCGAAAGUGUUCUUCUUUGAGGAUCAUUUUCAAUUCCCCCCAACUUUCCCUUGUUUUCUUCAAGUUAUGAGCUUGAAGUCGUAAUUCUUCAGCCACUCUUGUGAAAGCUCUUAUCAGCCGUUUUUUGUUGUUUUCUGACCAAGUGUAUUUUGUAUCCUGUGAAUCUCAAAAUUCAUCAUUGUCAGGCGAACGUUUCAAAUGAUGUAAAUUUCAAAUUUUACUGAUACCUUUUGUACUGGUAGUUAGCCUUUUUUACAUGUGGAUCACAUCUAGCAAAAAGGAAUCAGCGCGAUUACAGUGUUGUAAAAAUGUUGCUUCUUCAUACUCAUCUAAAAAAUUUCCAAGAAUAGCAAAUCGUUUUUGCUUCCCACUAAAUUAUUGUUAAUUGUCAAGGAAAAUAAUUGUGUAAAUUAUAACUUUGUAUAUGUAUUGAGAUUUUUUGAAGAAAAAUAGAUGAGUUGCACAAUUUUAACGAUUUUGAAAACACUGUAAUCACGAUGGUCCCAUUUUGCCAAAUACGAUCCAUGUAUUCUUACUUGUCUAUUCCUCAUUUAAAAAAGAAAUAAAAUAUCAGUGAUAUUCUAAAAAGAUGUGUGUGUCUCAAAUUGAACGUAAUUUUCUUCUCAAUGGAUCAUCAAUUAGCAUGUAACAAUUUCCUAAACAUUAUCAAUUUUAUUAAAAAUAAUUACAGUGAGUUCCAAUCUAUUCAAAAGAUUUUUGUUUUUAAUUAAAUGCAAAAGACAGGAAAAAUUUGCCAGGUUGUAAAUAGAGGUAUCUACAUGUUUCCUCAGUUUCAUCGGCAAAAAACCUUCCUUAACAUUUUGCUACCAUAAACAGGUAAUUUUUUAUUUUAUUUGCAUUGUGUUGACAAAAUGUACCAAAUUAUUUUUCAAUGACUGUUUUUUAAUAAAUAAUUUUGUACCAUUGCGACAGUUUUGGAAGACCUCUUUACUUCAUAUCAUGUAUGAGAUGCAUUCAAGAAGUGUACAAAGGCUAUCGUAGAAAAACUGAGACUUAGCCUGCUCUGAACAAUUUAUUGAAGUUAUUGGAAGUUUGCAGGUUCAUGUAGCUUAUUUCAUCAACUUUCUAAAGUGAGAGCCCUUGUUGAGCUUAUUCUGUGAAUAAUUCGCAUUUCCAUAGCAAUUUUUUGGCGACAAGCAAAAAAAAAA